CCACCCCCACCCGCCGGUUGAGCAGAGGGAGGCAGCCACGGCGCGGGGGUGAUCGUGGGGUGGGGAAGCCUGAUGGGGUCGUGGCGCAAGGCCUACGGCGCCCUCAAGGACUCCACCAGGGUCGGCCUCGCCAAGGUCCACAGCGACUUCAAGGAUUUGGAUAUUGCCAUUGUCAAGGCGACCAACCACGUGGAAUGCCCUCCCAAGGAGCGCCACGUCAGAAAAAUAUUCUUGGCAACCUCGAUGACCCGCCCUCGCGCCGAUGUGGCCUACUGCAUAUACGCCUUGUCCAGAAGGCUGUCCAAGACAAAGAAUUGGACCGUCGCUUUGAAGACGUUGAUAGUGAUACACAGGCUUCUGCGAGAAGGCGAUCCUACUUUCAAGGAGGAGUUCCUGGCCCACUCACACAAAAGAAACCUUUUGCACAUGGCGCGUUUCAAGGAUGACUCGAGCCCAUUAGCUUGGGAUUGCUCCGCGUGGGUUCGCACCUACACGCUCUUCCUGGAGGAACGGCUAGAGUGCUUUAGGAAUCUAAAAUACGACAUCGAAACUGAGCGUCUGAUGAGAUCUCCCCAGCAUUCUGCCAAGGCACACAGUAGAACCAGGACGCUGCCUUGCCUUGAUCUUAUGGAGCAUUUGCCUUCAUUGCAGCAACUGCUCUUCAGGCUUAUGGGCUGCCAGCCUGAAGGUUUAGCAUGCUCAAAUUACCUUAUUCAAUAUGCAUUAGCCUUGGCUUUGGAGGAGAGCUUUAAAAUAUAUUGCGCAAUCAAUGAUGGAAUCAUCAACCUUGUUGAUAUGUUCUUCGACAUGCCGAGGUAUGAUGCUAUCAAGGCUCUUGCAAUCUAUAAAAGAGCUAGCAUGCAGGUAGAAAACCUUGCUGAUUUUUACGAAUUCUGCAAGGAUCUUGAGCUUGCCAGGACAUUCCAGUUUCCUACUCUCAGACAGCCACCCCCAUCAUUUCUUGCAGCCAUGGAGGAGUACAUCAGAGAAGCGCCCCGUCCCACAAUCAGGAGAGUGGACAGUGAGGAGAGGAAGCUACUAACCUACAGCCAGGAAGCUCCAACAGAACCCGAAAAGCCGGCCGAAGAGGAGAAAGAAGAACCUACAAAGCUUGAACAAGAACCGGUGCCUGACCCUACGCCUGAGCCUGAACAACAACUGCUGGCAAUGGAAACCACUGGAGAUUUACUUAACCUGGAUGAGGAGGUGAAUCCCUUUGUCGUGGAUCUUGAUGAACACAACGCGCUUGCACUCGCUAUUGUGGGACCAGGAGAUGGAAGCAAAGCAUCAACUUGUCAAGACUUGUUUUCUGGCAGCACAUCUGGGUGGGAGUUGGCCCUCGUCACUGCUCCAAGCCGCUACACCAGCCAACCAAUAGAGACCAAAUUGGCUGGGGGCUUUGACAUAAUGCUACUCGACAGCCUCUACGAAGACGGGGCGAGGAGGCAGCAGAUCGCCAGCGUGACCUACAACGGCAGCCUUGGACAAGCCAACAACCCCUUCGAAACGAACGACCCUUUCGCCAUGUCCAACAGCUUUGCGCCGCCUUCCAACGCCCAGCUGGCAAUGGUGACCCAGCAGCAGCAAUACUUCCAGGCUCAACAACAUCAGCAGCAAUACUACUACCAGCCUCAGCUGCAAUACUACCAGCCCCAGCUGCAGCAGCAGCAGCAGUAUUUCCAAGCUCAGCAGCAUCAGCAUCAGCACCAGUAUUUCCAGCAGCAUCCCCAGUAUUGUGUGCAUCCAACCGGAACUUACAAUCCGUUUGGUGACCCUUUCACUGACCUUGUAACACUGGCUGCUCCUUCAAAACAAGGCAAUUUAAGUUUGCUCUGAAUUGCUUGGCCCUGUUUCUGAUCUCAGUCAAUAUAGAUGGGUACUCCCAUUCUCAGUAGAG